GCAAAGAGCUAAACUGACGUUGGAAUGUACGGUUGGUCUCACACACUCUUGUCUAAUUUUAGAUGAGGAAAAACUCUGUAAGUUUUCUUUCAUGUUGAUUUUGCAUAGAAUGCACAGUCAGAUUAAAUCCUAAUGCUGGCUCUGUAAUGCAGCAAUGGCUUUAAGAUAUUAGGAGGACUCACUGGCUGACAGCACAGACGGCCACACAGCAAUGGAGACAUCAGUGGAGACACCAAUGGAGGGUUUAAAUAUUCGUUACAAGGACGAAGAUGGCACCGUGCUCUACGAAUCUUACAUUCCCCCAUCCCGGGAUGCCAUCUACCUGCCGACCUAUGUCCUCUACCUGCUCAUAGCCGUCUUCAUUGUCGUAUCCGUCCUCUACGCCAUCAUCGGCCACCUUAUUAAAGACCUCAUUCAUGACUUUGCAGACCGGCUGUUUGGGGAGCAGCCUGAGGAAAUUGUGGUCAACUACUGUGAAGCUAAGGACAAGUUCAUGGCAGACUGGUCCCCAGAAACAUCCCCAGAACUGGAGGCGAUGGCUCGGGCAGAGGAAAACAAGAUGGUUGAUUUGGACUUUAUGAAAUCCCCCGCUAUUUGGAUUCUCUCCACCGAGCCACGAGGCUCCAGGUCAGGCCCCCGUGUGGUUUUUGGGAAAAGGAGUUAGUCAUGGACGAUCCAUAGAAAGGGUUGAAAUAGAUACAGAAACAGAUAAUAGAUACAAACUGUCUAUCAGCAUACAUUAUUUAAACUUCAGUGUGAUGUAUGAAAACCAGUGAUGACUGAUAAUGGUGAAUCAACAUUUCUCUCUCCUUUGGUUUGUUUGUUUCUUCUGUUAAUCAUUGUGUUCAGCUCUAUAUUUAAAGGGCACACAUACUUCACUGGUCCUUUACUGACAUCUACUGUCUUUUGCUGUGAUUACAGAUUAUUAAAGAGCAACUGACACAUUAUAACAACUAAACAAAACAGAAACAACACAGGCUUGCCUUACAAAGACGAUAUUUGAUUUCCAAAAUUAUUUAAAAAAAAGGUUUUAUUGCAUAAUACUGUUUUCUUUCUGCAGGAAACCUACAUAUAUUUCAUUCCUUUGUAGAAUAUAUAAAAGUUGUCUAGUACAAAUAAAAUCAAAAGAUGUCCACCUUGUAUGUGCUUAUUCAUUUUCAAUACAAGAUAUUACAGUGUACAAAAUGUUAUUUCAGAUCAAACAUUAACAUUUCACAUGGACGGUCUGUGAUAAACCUCUUCGAAUAA